CAGAAGAAGAAGUUUCAAAGUUGGUUUUAAAAGAAGUAUAAAUGGUUGCUUCUAAUCUGACUAAAUAAAUACGACAUACAGGUUUCGUGCAAUAACAAACUGUAAAUUUGCACAAUGAGUCAUGAGCAGAAGGCUGUCAGAAUGCUUGAGGGGUUGUUUCAUCUGUAAGAUGCGGGUGGUCGACUUCUAGCAAGGUCGACACGACAUUCGAAGUCAGAUAAUCCACAAAAUAAGAAAUUUAUUUGCCGUAAUUAAUUAGUUGAGUUUUCAGCCUUGGAACAAGGGCUUCCUCUUUCCGGUUUCUCAGACUUCCUUAAUUACUUCGCCCACCUUCAGAAAUAGCUUCUAACGGAGCCAAUAUCGGAAUUUAAUGAAACUUCCAUGAGACGUUGAAAGGCUAGACAAAGAGGGUCACGUUUACACAGCACAUCAGUUUGCUCUCAGUGCUACGAUGGACACUAAGCUGGGCAUUAUUUUGCUGCUUCAACUUACAUCAACUAUAGGCAAGUAAGAAGACAUAGGUUUGCUUUCAAUUGGAGUCGGUUUCUGCUACCGUUUUUUUCUGUCGUAUAGAUUUAUGAAUUAAAUGAAAACAGAACAGUUCCUACCGGAUUGAAAACAGUAACGCUAAAUGAUUUAUCGAUGGAUGCUAGAACUUUUCAGUGGCUUUUAGUAAAUUGUAUAUGCGCUGUCUUGAAUUCUUUGAUUUUCAUGCAUUUUUCUCAUGUAAACGGGCUUUUUCAUGAUAGUAAACACAAAAUAAUUCCUAAACUCCAAGGUAAGAAUUGAAGGCCUGCUGAUUAUUUCUGAGAACGCAGCAAACCACAAACGUAACAGGCAACUUCUCAUUGAGAUGCUUUAAACUUACACGGAGCUGUUUUUGAAAAAUUAGUUAAAGUAAAUACCGCGAAAUUUUUCUUUAACCUUCACACAAGGUAUGCUGAUACAUUUCAGUUUGUGAGGUAGACAUUAUCACCCAGUACCUUAAUUGACCAACGCAGAAGGCAAAUAGGAACCUCGAUCAAAGAAACAAGUAUGCAUUUUACGCCGACUGGAGAAGAUCUUGACACGGUUUAGGUUCCUGCAGGGCUCAGAUUAACCAUUGUACUCAGUGUUAGAAUUAGGUCGCAUUAGUGUCUCUACUUAUUUAUUUUAUUAUUAUAAAGGUGAACAUCUCUUUUAAUUGCUGACACUGAGAUUAUCCGGUUUAUUUUUUCAGGAUAUGCCGAGAAAGGUAUGUACAAGAAACGUAUCUGAAUAUCCUAUUCCCUCGGGAUUCAGCUCAAUUUUUUUGCGAUCAUCAACAUAAAUUGGGCUUAAGUCUCCAAUAUGCUACUUAAGCAACCAAAAAGCUUCGUCAACUCUACCAUCGCCACAUUUCUGAAUUUAGCGAUCCUUCACGAUCAAAAUCCGGCAAGAGUGACCUACAGGUAAACCAAACAACCCCAAUAGUCUCACCAAUAAGACGAGUGAAUAUGCUCACGCUGUUCGAAAAUAACUAAAAGAUUUUGAGAAGAAAAUCGAUUCGGAGUAACAACCAGCAUACGUAAGUUCUGAAAAAAACGAGCGUCUGAAGCUACAAGAGGCAAAGUUUGCUUUAGUGAAAAUGUGAUCUUUGUGAUGCGGAUUGUAUCGGCUGUGGUUGUCGUAUUCUUUGUAAUGUUUUCACGCAUGCUAUUCCCUUGUUGUCUCAUUCUUUUCGUUUUUCUUACAUAUAUGUAAUUGGCAUUCUGUUGGAGAUUUUAGCACAAUUUCGCUUUGUCUUUUGGUUCAAGUUUUUCCUAUACCUUUUCCAUUUGCAUCUUACGUUUUGCGUCGUUUUAGGCAAUAUAGGGACCUUAAGCAAACCACGACGGCAACGGCAACGAGAACGCCACCGAAAAAAAGGGCUUAAUGAGCAGAACACUGAACGGCUUUGCACGUGCGUUAUAAAUCUUUGUACCUUUAUUAGCCUUUCUCUGCGAAACAACAAAGUGAAAUUAACAAUUUCUGCGCAUUUUAGAGAAUGUGAAAGACGCCGGCAAAGUUUUCAUAUUUUCAUUUGAAUUCAACGCUGGCAUUACAUAUUAGGCUUGAGCAAGUUCUGAGAUCGAUAGGCGUUCUGAACAGAUAUACAAAUCUACGAAAUUCAAAAGUAAAAUAUUAAGUCGUUUUUCACUAGAAGUAAUUCUUGGCGUCGCUGUCGUCAUUCCUUAAGCUAACCGACGUCUCAGUAUCGUUUUCAAGAUCACUUUACGUUCCCUGAGUCCGAUACGACGUUUGUAAGUGUCUUAGAUUAACUGCAGAAUACCUGCCACUUGAAUAAUUCAUUCAUGCGCAUUUCUCGUUCUUUAUAAGUAUGUGAACGAGUGGAAUCGAGAGCAAUAGUGGCAGGAUCUUUCGGAGUCUUGAUAUCACUAUCAAAGACUUAAGGUUAAACUAAAUCGCCUUCUCUUUUAGACUGCGACUGGCCCCUUGGCAUUCAGAGCAAAUACAUACCAAAUUCUGACAUGACCGCCUCCUCUGAGUGGGCUGCAGACUACGGACCCAGCUAUGCAAGGCUUAAUAUUCCAGUUGGCUGGGGCAAGGCAAGGGCUUGGUCCGCCAAGACAAAUGACUUAGGACAAUGGAUUCAGGUCAAUCUUCGUGAGCUGACUCGAGUGACAAAGGUGGCAAUUCAGGGAAGGCAGGACGUUGCACAAUGGGUCACAGCAUUCAAAUUAUCUUACAGUCUGGAUGGCAAGCACUUCGAGCCCCAAAAAAAGAUCUACCAAGGAAAUAACGACCAAAACAAUGUUGUUUUAAACACUUUAAUGGAACCAAUUGAAGCUCGAUUUAUCCGUCUUCAUCCAUAUGCAUGGUAUGGACACAUUUCAAUGAGAAUGGAACUUUAUGGGUGCAGCUUGAAACCAGAAUGCGCAAAACCUUUGGGUUUGGAAAACUACGGGAUUCCCAACUCAGCUAUUACCGCGUCUUCAGAGUGGGACAGUAACCACGGACCUACCAACGCCAGGCUCAACAGACCCAGCGGUGGUGGUACAAUCGGAGCUUGGUCUGCUAAAAUAAGUGAUGCCUCCCAGUGGAUUCAAGUAGCCUUUUUGGAAGUCACCAGGAUAACAAAUAUAGGAAUUCAGGGCAGAUAUGACUACUACGACCAGUGGGUUACCAAGUUCAAAGUGUCUUACAGCCUCGAUGGUGUUCAUUUUAUCACCCAAAGUAAGGUGAGUCUAAUGAAAUUACAAAUUAAAACGCAUAUUAAACACAAAAUAAUUCCUAAACUCCAAGGAUAUGCCGAGAAAGACUGCGACUGGCCCCUUGGCAUUCAGAGCAAAUACAUACCAAAUUCUGACAUGACCGCCUCCUCUGAGUGGGCUGCAGACUACGGACCCAGCUAUGCAAGGCUUAAUAUUCCAGUUGGCUGGGGCAAGGCAAGGGCUUGGUCCGCCAAGACAAAUGACUUAGGACAAUGGAUUCAGGUCAAUCUUCGUGAGCUGACUCGAGUGACAAAGGUGGCAAUUCAGGGAAGGCAGGACGUUGCACAAUGGGUCACAGCAUUCAAAUUAUCUUACAGUCUGGAUGGCAAGCACUUCGAGCCCCAAAAAAAGAUCUACCAAGGAAAUAACGACCAAAACAAUGUUGUUUUAAACACUUUAAUGGAACCAAUUGAAGCUCGAUUUAUCCGUCUUCAUCCAUAUGCAUGGUAUGGACACAUUUCAAUGAGAAUGGAACUUUAUGGGUGCAGCUUGAAACCAGAAUGCGCAAAACCUUUGGGUUUGGAAAACUACGGGAUUCCCAACUCAGCUAUUACCGCGUCUUCAGAGUGGGACAGUAACCACGGACCUACCAACGCCAGGCUCAACAGACCCAGCGGUGGUGGUACAAUCGGAGCUUGGUCUGCUAAAAUAAGUGAUGCCUCCCAGUGGAUUCAAGUAGCCUUUUUGGAAGUCACCAGGAUAACAAAUAUAGGAAUUCAGGGCAGAUAUGACUACUACGACCAGUGGGUUACCAAGUUCAAAGUGUCUUACAGCCUCGAUGGUGUUCAUUUUAUCACCCAAAGUAAGGUAUACAACGGAAACAGCGACCGAAACGGCAUUGUUAUCAACGAUUUAGAGACGCCAAUCGAGGCUCGGGUAAUUCGGAUCAACCCAGUGGAAUGGCACGGUCACAUAGCCAUGAGGAUGGAACUCUAUGGUUGCCGAUUACAAUCAGGUAAUCUCAACGUGUUUUUGUUUUACGCUAUGUUUCGCAGACGAAGGCGGUUUUCACUUGAAUGUCGAAAAUACAGUAACUUUCAUUUGCUUUGGUUUGGCCAUAUUACGCUCCACGAAUGGCUUAAAAUACUCGCGCAACUUUGUCGUCCAGUCAGCAGUAAAACCAAAACCAAUUGUGGCUCGCUCACAAACUUGUUCUUGAGCUUAGUGUCAGGUACAUGUAUUUGUUUGGAGUUUUGAUUGCUUCACUGGAUUGUGU